AACAAGCCCAAGAAUGAAACGAUUAGUUGGAACAAUUCUAACUAGAAAAACUGUUCAAAAUGGAAUUCAAGCAGUGUUUCUGUUUAAAAAAAUAGGGUUAAAGUAAUGGCCUACGGAUGAUAACAAAGCACAGAUUAGCAUAAAAAUUUGGUAAAAAUUUCGUAAAAUAUUCAAUUUCGUAAUAAUACAUAAAAGAAUGAAAAAUUGCGGUUAGCUAUUUUGUCAUGCUAGGUACGAAUUUUCAAAUUACGUACCAGUGGUAAACUCAUUUGGCGCCUUUUACCGAGAUCAGCUGUCUGUGUCAAAAUGGCGCUCCCAAAUGGAUAUGAUAAACUAACGAAGGAUUUCGAUAGCUUCUGGCUAAAAUUUUAUAAAAGCAGUUAUUUGUCGCCAGAUUUCCAGAAAUUACCUAGGUGUUGGAAUGUUAAGGAUCGAUCGCGAUCAUUGAGAUUAUCUCAUUUCGCACUUACUGUGUCUUUUAGUAGCGGAUUUAAUGAACGCAAUGAUAGUAGUUAUAGUGGUCAGGAAGCAGCUUGUGUCCGUUCAGAUGCGUCUAUUCCUCUGACAACUGGAAUAUAUUACUUCGAAAUAACGCUGCUUAACAAGGGUUCUAAUGGUUGUCUGUCUGUUGGGGUCUCAAUGAAGACUUCCAGCCUCAAUAAAUUUCCGGGUAUGUCAGCAGUUUGCUUGUUCUGUCCAAUUUAAUUCAGUAUUUCACGUUGAUUUUCAGUAUCACUACUACUUCACUGCCAAAUCUAUUACCCAACUAUCUUUUUCAUGUAGUUCAUGUAAUAGAACAGGACUACUUAUGGGAGUGUUUUUCGAAAAUCGUUAACGGCUUUGAAGUGUAUGCUCCGUAACGAAGUUGAAUGUGGUUCUUAUUCACAUUGAAAUUGAAAGGCUUAAGUUGCACCAUAAAGUCAUUUUUGUAUGCAGUUACUGGAUUACGUGGCAUAACUAAUAUUUCGCUGCUACAUCUCACUUAUUUAAGUAUAACCUGCCUACUGAAUUGUCUCUGUCAAUGGUGUUGAAUCGAAAAUUCAUUUCCAGAUAAAUGGAUUUCAGACUCCAGUAAUUAGAAGUGGUCUCACUUUAGUAGGGAUAAUUCCAUCGAAGCAAUUAAAUUCGGUGUUCACAAUGGGUUUAUUAGUACCGCUGAAGGAAGUCUUCUUGUUAAUGAUCAGAUGCUAUAUUCUGAAUAGUCGUGUAGGUAUGCUUAACUGUUUUCAAGGAAAAGGCAUUUUUAUUGGACGUACAUCCAGUCAAUUCAAAUAACCUAAAUCGCAUUUGAAUACUGUAAUAUCAGGAAGGACUAUUUAACUUGCUAACGCAUCCCUUCCUACGUACUUCAAUUCUUGCCACGAGGUUCAAGGAAACCUAUCGUAAAGCUUUUCACCUCUUCUUACAAAUGCAAGGGAAUGUCCAAUCAGAAACCUAAAACUUAGCUUCACUAUUGUUCUAGUUCUGUGUGUAUAAUCCUAACAUCUCAUUGACAACUUUGGAAAAUUCCGCAAAGUACACUACGUCCUAAAUAAGCGUGAGUCAAACAAUAUUUCUAGCAUAAUCAAAGUUAUUAUGCACCGUAGAUGUGUUUCAAAAUAUGUGCUUCGAAAUUGUAUGAUCCAUAAAUAGAAGACGAAUUUAGACAAAGACAAUGUGGUUAUUUUUUGUCUCAGAAUUAAACCCAUAUCUUGGUAGUUAUUGAUACAAUCCUACACAUGUCUAAAAGCUUAAUAUUACUGCUGUGCCCUUUUUAUCUAGAAACCCUUUUCUUUCACCAAUUCAUAAGCCUUAUCAAAAAACAUUUCAAAUAUGACCCCUAAGAUACCUAUUUUAAAAAAGUAGAUCUGGCGUUGCUUAAAUUUUACAGUCGGACAGUUUCUAAUUAGUAUUUGACCCCACUAAAAGCACUAAUUUAGUUUUGCGAAGCAUAAGUACACAUCCAAAUAGUGUGCCAUAUAACCGAAGCGCUAAUUGUUCUCUUUUUUUCGUGGUCAUAUUCCCAUCUGAUUCCUUGUUAAUUGUUCUUUUUACUUUAGAUUUAUAUUUACUGUAAAAUGCCGUAAAUCCACUUAGGCAUCAACUCCUGUUAUUAGUGAACGGCAUGAUGACCAACGAUAAUUUAAAUUCAUGUUUUUCCGGGGAUAAUUUGCUCAAAUAUGUCAACGCUCCUACUCAUCGUUUGAUCUACUGUACCACCUUUUUGUCACAGUAAUAAUACUGGUAUUGUUAAUGUUACUACAAAUAACGUUUUGCUUGGUAUCUGUCUUUUUCUGUUUCUCAUCAUUUAUUCACAUACGCCUGAAUCACCUAGUGUAGGGUACAUAAAGUGAUUAGCGCUUCCGCAAGUUCCUUAGCUUAUUUUUUCCUUACUAAAAGCUGGCGCUUACUGAGUUUUUCAAUUUCAGGUUCUGAAAACAAUUCAUUUGGCUACCAAUCAGAUGGUUGUGUUUAUCAUGGCUCACCCACAUUGUCAACAAAGUUCGGUCCUCGCUUCAAUGAAAACGAUAUCAUUGGUUGUGGUGUUGAUUUCCUUUCACAAAGCUUGUUCUUCACUCGCAAUGGCAUCUUUUUAGGUAAAGCUUUUGAAGGAAAAGUUCCAGUAAGUUGUGUAUUGUAGACGUUAAACAAUAAAAACUUUUUACUUCUCACAAUAUACUGAACUACACAUGCAGCAUGAUACUCAAAAAGUGAACUAAGUUAUUAUAUAUAAGUUCUUACAUUGUUUUGUGUAAAUUAGAAAGUAGAUCACAAAGUCUAAUAUUUUAUGCAGUUGCAACAAGUUUCAUCAGCAGAACAAAGGAUCUACCUAAAACAAAUAAACGAAGUAAAACAGCAAGUGUGCAAAGUGAUAGGUAGUUCGGGAUGUAAAUAAAGAUAAAGAGUAGACCCAUCCGAAGUGCAACACCGCUCUGUGUGGGUUCAUGGCUAUGCACCACAAACUACACAACUAUUAGUGCUGCUUGCUUUCCGACAAUUCUCCUUCUGAUAUCAUUUUUUGAUCAAACUAUUUUGAAACUAGAGAUUUUCACUAACUGUCUAGGUAAAAAGUCAAACUAGUCAGAAGUAUUUCCUCAAGACGUUACGGUUUUCCACACAUUCGAUUCUUUAUCUCAUAAAUUCCUUUGUUUUUAUUUCACUAAUCCAUAUUUUCUUGAAUCAAAUUGUCGGUGACCAAUCUUUUCUAUUACUAUUGAUAUUGUUACUGUCUCUACUAUUCUGGGAUUUGGCCUGACCAUUUCGUCUCUGUGGUAAUGAGGUAUGGAAACUUGAACCGAUGUAUAUACGUACCAGGUUGUACUUUGUGACUGGCUGAGUUAAGAGUUAUCCACAAGGUUAGGCGUCUCUGUUGUCUUCGUUUUAUUCUGUUUGGUUUGGAAUAUACGUAUCAGUACAGAUUAUUGUUAACAAAUCAAUGUGAAAUUUGCAAAUUAGUGUUGCUGUUACUCAGUAAAUCACUGUACCAUAAGGUAUUGAUCUAGUGAUCAUUGUGUCGAAUUUUCUCAAAAGUUAUUUAUUUUAACAUUUUUAGGUUGGUGCUGGUACACGUUUGUUUCCCACUAUAGGGCUACAGGGUCGUGGAGUUCGAGUAACUACCAAUUUUGGACAACAUCCUUUUUAUUUUGCUUUUGAAAACCAUCUUAAGACGGAACGCAUAUCUCGUGAAAACAAACUGAUUGAGCGUACAUGUAAAGAAGAUUUUGCUGGAAUAAAAAUAAAAGAGCUUGUAUCUGGAUACCUCGUUCAUCAUGGUUACGUUGCAACAGCCAAAGCAUUUUCUUAUUGGUCCAACCUCGCAUCCUCUGUUCAGAAUUCAGAAUUUCAAAAAGAUCAAAUACAGAUUUUCAAUGAAAAGAUAUCGAGUCGGUCAAAUUUAGUAUCUAGUUCAUCCGAAACGAAUGUUGAUGUAAAUUCGGAUGUAACGUACAAGGAGUCUAAUCCUUCUGUACUCCAGCGCCGUCAUAGUGAUAGUUCUUGUUUAGCUCCAGAAAUUACGAAAUCUCAUUUAGGUCAACUCCCUGGCAUUGCAAGCAUGCUGCACCGAAGACGAUUGCGAGCAUUGUGCCGACGAUGCCAAUAUGGGAGAGCUGCUGCUACUCUAAAUCGCUUCUAUCCCCAAGUUCUUGAGCGUUGUCCAGAACUACUAGUUCAGCUUCGUUGUCGGCAGUUAAUUGAAAUGAUGCGUCGUCAUGCUGUCAGACGUGGUCGUAGUCAUACAUCCAACUCAGGAAGUGAUUUAAACGAUUCCAAUUCAACUACAGCUCCGCCAAAAGUUCAGAGAGUGUCUGGGUCUCUUCAUGUUGGUUCAGGGUGUUGUGUAACUAAUAAACCGGAUAAGUUAUCUCAAGAUACCUCUAAUUCUGUUCAGAUGAUAGUUGAGAAUGGCCUACCGCCCUUGUCAAUGGAUGUAGAUUCAGAAAACGUACUCAAAGCGCCUUCUCUAGAAAAUGCAGUUAAAGUGGUGGGACAAAAAACCAAAGUAGAUCAGGAUUGCAAUCUGUUUACAGAACUUGAUGAUUUGGAAACGGCUGAUGUUGAAGACGAAGAGGAUGACGACGGUUUUGGAGUUGAUGAUGAUACAGGUGUGUGUAUUGACAUUCUUUUGCCCCAUACCAAUUCAAAAUCCAAACUGUCUAGUAAUGGGUCAUAUGUACCUUCAGGAAUGGAUGCCGAUAAUGGAAUGUCCUCUGCGGGAUCAACAUCUAAGCCAACAGAAGAUGUUUCUUUCAAUUUAUCUGCGAAUUCCGAAUUGGACACUGAUGAUGAAAUGCGAUGCUUGCUAAGACAUGUUCAAUUUGGUCGAUCGCUUGUAAACUUAGUUAGACAAGUUCGAGCAAAAACAGGUGGUUUAUCUUUAGAAACUGAACGUUUACUACAGGUGAGGUUAUUAGUUGAGAAUCUAUUCAUUGAGUCGCUUUUCUUUAUCAUUAUUCUCUCUACUCACCUACUUCAGCUUUUCAUUCAUUUCCUCGACCAAUUUUAGUUUUUACAGUAACCUAUGUGUCUUCGUCGGAUUCUUGGAAUGACAAACUUAUUUCUAUAUCUUUUAUAGUUGCUUCCAUAUGAUAGAUUUGAUGAAUGAAGAAUCUUGAACAUUAAUCUCUCUAAUCAUCCGACACAUAUCUAAAGCUCGUAAACAGCGAACUUGGGGAAACUAAACUGACUCCUGACCUGGACAUGUAUGCGCUGGUCAAUAUUUACCCCUCAUCGGGUUUUAGAAAAUCAUUAUUAAGGACGCCCGAAUUUGGUUGUAUUUCUUGACCUUAAGACGGUAUUAAACUGUUGACAAACAGGUUCUGGGGCAUUGUGUCACUAAAAACUGCAUCAGCGAAGCAAAUAAAUCUUGUGAAGGAUCUCUACUCAACUUUUAUCGGUCGAGUAAAAGCUUAUGGUGAAUUGUUUCCAAAAUAGCCAAAUUCAAGUGUUCAUCGGGGUUGCCCUCUUUCUCCACUUUUGUCAAAGAAAUUAUUAUGGAGGUGGCGUUCUCAUCGUCUAAGUUCUCAGCAAUUAAUUUCCUACCAGAAGAUCCACUCGUUGACUUAGAAACACUCAUGUGAUGUAGUCCUCUUCGAUGAAGAUGCUUACAAAAUGCGGAGUUUUCUGAUCACUUUGAGCAACAAUCAAAGCAUAUUUAGGAUGAUCUCUCCCUCCAAGUAAUAAAUGUAGCCUCAGCACUGGUCUGAAUUAUCGCCCAGAUUGAUUUCAGGGAUUGAAGUAGUUGAGUAUGUUGACUAAUUCAAUUUUCUUACAAGUUUCAUCAGCCCUGUAAUGUUAAUGUAUGACGAAAUCUUAGCUCAUAAUCGGAAAGCUCCACUAGCUUUUACCAACUCAUUUGUGGAGUAGGCGAUGAUCUAUCUGUCCUUCAACCAAAUUGUGAGUAAACCGUAUAGCUGUGAAACAUGUCAUAUCAAAGUAAAAGAUAUGUAUAGGCUACAGGUUUUUAAUCAUUGAUGUUUUCAAAGCAUCGCUUGCGUAAUGUGGGACCGAGUACACAAUUCUGAGGUUUAAAAUAGGGUACUGGACUAAGAUCGGAGAUCGAUUGGUGCCCUUGUGAAUCUUCAUCAGUCAAGGUGUUUGGGAUACAAGCUAACCAACCACCAAUCACCUUGACGUGUAGUUUCAGCUGUUGUAGAAGUAAGUUUGAAAGAAGCUGGGAGCAUGAAAACCAAGACGAAAGCAAUCUAUAAAGUUCGUGACUGUUGGUAGAUCCAAACCACGGAAAUGGAAUUUGCGCGGUAACUACGACUAGCGAUUGAAGAAUGAGUGACAUGGGAUAGAUGCAUUUGCUUCUUAUCUUCUGUAUUUUGGGUUUUAGCACUCCAUAUAUACCUUUUCACUCUAUUUUCGCGGACUAUAUUCUCAAUGGUCAGUCUUUUUCACCACAUUAUUUAAACUUCUUUACUAUUUGUUACAUUAAUUUCAUCAUGUGUUGAUGUAAUAUGAGGACAUGGGCUAAUACACUUUCGUAUUAGGUUCCACAUUGACUAACCAACUGACUUAUUCACCAGGAUUUUCUUGUAGCUGCUUAAAAAGUUAGUAUUUUUGAUUACAUUUACUAACUGUAAGAAUGGUUACUAAACUCAAGAAAGUUUAUGUCAUUCUUCUUAAUCAUCUAACUUUGUUAAAUUCUAUAGCAGCCAAUUGAAAAGCUUCUAGAAUAAUUUCUGUGAAAAAAUACAUACGGUUUUUAAAUCUUAAAAUAAUACAGUUAUUUGUGUAGAUUUACGGUAAACAUUGAUGACUAAUAGUAUAUGCUUGCAAUCACUCUAUUACAGCCUUUCGAAUGGUUUUUAUUAACCGAUUUGAAUAUGUAUUUAAAAAAGCAUAAAUGAAACGUAGUGUCUUAGACAGAAAUGUUUCGCGUUACACGAUAAGUCAUCUAAAAUUGGGGUGAAAAAUCUUUGCUUAAAAUUAUUACGUAUUGAGGGUAUUAGCGUAGAUUACACUCUCCUAUUUCAUUAAUUUCCAUAAAGUUGUAUCUGUAUAACACUUAAUAUCACAGUAUCGAUUACAAAAAUAUUAUUUACAUAUGCUUAGUUAUACAAUAACGCAAUUAUUUAAAAUAUGAUUUAAGGAAAAUAUUGUCUUAUUCAACUGAAUUUUCAGUUUUGUCUAUUUUCUCAAGUUCAUAUGUACUGAUAUUUUGAUAAAUGUUAUAUCUUAGUUAGAUAAUCAAAAUGAUAAUCAUUUCAUUAUGUUCUUACAUCAAAUGUGUGAAUGUUUUAAUUUUCCCAAAUUCAAAGAUUUAUUUUGUUAGUGCACUCUAUAAGUAAUCGUUAUAAAUGUUUACUCAUUUACGCAGCAUCAAACAUAUAGUGUUUAACUAGAAUAUAGAUUAAAUAUAACCUGAUAUAAAUUCAAAUAACUUUUAAAGAGUAAUUUAUCUGAACAUAAAUUUCUCAAGAAUACCUUUGUUUCAUCUUCGACCAUAUCUAGAGAGCAUAUGGUCUUGAUUCUAUGAUACAGUGUCUUGAUCAGGUUGCUUUUGUAUUGAAAAGGAAUAAAACUAAGAAAGUUUGUAUAUUGGCCCGUCCAAGUGGUUUUCUUUUUUAUGUUUCUUCUUAAUGACCCGUAUUUUCUCCUUGUAAGUCGAACAUCUACAAGAAACAUAAACAAUAAAACUACUUGGACGGGCCAAUAUACAAACUUUCUUAGUUUUAUUUCUCUGCAAUACAAAAGCAACCUGGUCAAAACACUGAAUCAUAGAAUCAAAACCAUAUGCUCUCUAGAUACGGUCGAAGAUGAAACAAAGGCAUUCCUGAGAAAUUUAUGUUCAUGUAAUUGUGUUUUAAUAAUUUAUCUCAAAUAUACGAUUGUAGGUCUAGUAGGCUGAAAUAAGUCUAUCCCAUUUUUUUCGUUAAUAUAUCUCAGAAUACUUCUUAGAAUUUUCAACUCUCUAUUUGAUGAUUCUUGAAUGAGUUUAACUGUGGAAUUCAUUCUGUACUGACAUGUUUUCCAAUUCUAGAAAAUAAUGUUGGGUUUAACGAAUAAAACACUAGAACAUAUUGUUUCUUGAAUAUUUUAUAUGAUACUGUUUAUGAAAAAUGAAAUAAAACCAUCCUGUUCCAGCUCUAUACACCAAUAAUUUAAUCGAUAACCAGCUUAUCAACCUAUCUAUUAGUGUAUUUAGAAUUUUGCUUUGUUUUGAGUCCCUAAUCUGUUGUAAACUGACGUAAUAUGUAUUUAGAAACAAGUGAAACAAUAGCUUAGUGAUUCUAAAGCAAUUGGCUUUCAACCAAUUAGAUGAGGAGUUCGAACCCGGCUUCAGCUACUCUGGUCAAAUUAUCGAGGCGUCAAUAUCACUAGGCUAUACGCCAACAGCUUAAUUUGAAAAUGAAUCUAUGAAUCUGUACUCAGUAGAUAAGCUACUCUAAAUGCUACACCAUACAUACCGCUCUUCACCUACUUCAGUUUGGGCUACUGGGUAGUAUCAUUAGUCUUCACAUCUGAUGUGUCUCAUACCCAAGUACAUAUUUAUACAUCAUGUUAAAAAACCCAGCGAGUAUAUCAUGGUAAAUAUUUGUCAAUUACACAAUGUGUGUUGUUGCUAGAUCAAAGAAAGUGUAAUACAGUCCAAACCAAUAGUCUACUAAAAGGUUUACACUUAUGAAUUGAAAAUUGUAUUUUCUAAAUCGGUCCAAAUCAUCUCUUUUCUAACAACGGUCACUUUAAGUCGAUUUGUGGAUAACUGACUGAAUUGUUACCAAAAGUGAUUUCAUAUGGUUUAAAUUAAAUGUCACAACAGUUAUUACUUGAAAUUUUUAUUGAUACACCUUUUUUACAUAUAUACUAUUUGUGCUUUAUCUCGUCUGUUUAAAACUGUUAUUGUUAAUCAUCUAGUACUUUGUUCAUGUACUCGACCUUAAACCAUACAGUUUUUGCAAGGAAUUUCCUCGUAUCAUAUUGUCCUGUCCCUAAUCUAUUCUACUACUACACUAAAAUUUGUCUCGAAAAUUUCAUCUCUGUUUUGAUGUAGUAUGGUAAUUUGAGUCAAUAUAUAUAUGUGCCAUUUCUUAUGUUACAUAUAAUUUAAUGUAAAGACUUGUGAUACUACUACUAUCCGAGUGCCCGCUACACCAAAAGUAUAGGUAACAUAAGAUUUAAAGUAGGUAAUAUCUUGGAACUUCAGUGACCAUCAAACUACGACUCCAAAUCUAUUAACAUAAUAAUAAUAAUAGUAAUAAUAAUGAUAAUAAUGAUAAUCAAUAACUAGUAAGUGGUUAUUGUAAUAUAUUAAAUAUCCCAUCUAGUUCGAACAUGCACAUUAAUUCUUUCACACAUAAAAGUUCCUAUUAAGCUUUUUAAGAUAAAGUUUAGUUUAUAGUGAGUUAUUCAAAUUUUCUUUCUUGUUUAUUUAUGGUCAUAGUGUUUUGUACGAAAAAAAAGUUGGAAAAAAAUAUCUCCAGCGGUAAAUACUUUUCUUCCUGAAUUUAUUUUAUUUACAAUGUGAUUAGGAUUAUGUUAGUCAUAUGAAUAAAUUUCUUGUCCAUUAUAUUUAUAACUGUACUUUAGGAGAAUUUCUUCUCAACCAUUUUUUAUUUCCCAUGAAAUACUAGUAUAUCGAAUUUUAAUUAUGUUAAUCUUACUGGGAUAUUGAUUUUAUUUUUCAUUCAAUCAUAAAACUGUAAAAAAUAUCUUGGCUUCUAAUCUGAGUUGAUACUUAAUGUGGCCGUAGUCGCCAUAUUAUGUGUUCUCCUCCAUGACUUUUUUUCAAACAAAACUUUUAUGGGGAAUACUUAUAUGUUGUGUUGAUAUAUUUUUUUCUGACAGUUCACUAAGUAAUAACUGAAUAAAUUCGUUUUGAGCCAAGAAUUAUCAUCAUCAUUAUGAAUUUCUAAAUUUUAAUAUUUUUUGUUGAAAAAAUAUUUUAUUUAGCAAUCUGUUAGUUUAUUGGCCUAUCCAUCACCUACAUCAAACGAUUGUCCUCUACGUGGUUUACUGGAUCCAGUAUGGAGAGAUACUAUAGCCAGUGUUAUUAACAGUGCUGUCUUAAGUAAGUAUAACAUUUGUGUAAUAUUAGUAGUAACAAAUAUAAUUUAGUCAAGGUAAAGUGAGAUGAGUUAUGCAAAUUUUCCAAUUUUAAGUUUACAUUCAUUGAAAACAAGAGAACGUAUUUUACCACUAUUUUGUUUUAGGGUAGGAUUCAUCAAUCCUUUCCCACCAACUGUAUUACAUGGGAUCAAGCUCAGGACUUUUAAGGCCUGGUGAUGAUUACGACAUUUUUGGUCCAUUAAGUUGGAAUAUAGUGGUUCCUGUUUUUACUAAAACGUUUUGAAAUCUAUCCUAGAGGAAGUCUCUAGUGACUAUUAUAUUGUUGUUCAAAGAAUGAGUGCUAUGGAUAUUUGAUUAAUGUUAAAAUUCCCUUCUUUGACGGCUUGUUUGCAUUCGAUAAAUCUAACCGAUUCAUUGAUUAACGUAGACUUUCUCAAAGUGAACAAUAUCGUUAUUUUAAUUGUGGUCUUUGAUUUUCCAAUAAUUAACCAGGUUAUUAUUUGGUAAGGAAUUUAUUUUUAAAGAUGUUUAACCAUUUUCCGAAUUUUUGGAAAUUUAAUCAGUUGCAUCAUCAUUAACUGUGAAAUUUUUCUUAUACUAAGAUAUUGUUUUCCUUCAAUUAUUCACCUUUCACAGAGGCCCAUGAUCUCCCAGCUCAACCAGCGCUCGAACACGGUCUUCGCGCAUUGCAGCGUUGUUUCCAAGAUAAAAACUUUGUCGAAGCCCAAACUCUUGGCCACUUUCUACUCUAUCACUUGACACCCGCACAGAUAGCUAAAGCAGACGAGGAGGUCGCAGCUCUAGAAGCUUCUAUAGAGCAUCAAAGUGGAAAACGUUUAAGAUCUUCACCUUCACAAUCAAAUGGUGACCAAAUAAAUGAUCCUGACGACAAUACUUCUUCUGGCUCUCAUGGCAACGAAAUCAAUGGUCAUAAUGCAAUCAGACGUAGAGUUCGUCAUCGAAGACGACGGCGAGUUGACGGAACCGUAUCAGAAAGUCAGUCUUCUGAACACACUGAUGAGUGCAACUCUUCAGUAGAGGAAGUCAAUAAAGAAGAUGAUGAAGAGGAAGAGGAAGAUGAAGAAGGACGUUGUAAUUCUGAGGAUGACGACGAUGAUUUCGACAACGACGAUGAUGAAGAAGACGGUUCAUCAGCUGUUCCUUCUCGCCGACCUAACACACGCAGUAGCCAAACAGCAUCAGUUGGAGCACAAAACGAUAGUGGCUUUUCUGAAAGUAGGGGUUCAAAUGGUGGUUCCUCUGGUCGAAAUCAUUCUAUUUAUUCUUCAAAUACUGCUUCACUUACACCUACUGGAACUGUAGCACCAAAUAUCCUCCUUGGUCGCCAUACAGAUUUAACUCGAUACCUUCCUUCAUUUCUAUAUUCCAAUCAUGCAAGAUUGAUAACAUCCGUUUCAAGUUCUUCAGUUCCCACUCUUCAUCGUUCAAGUGCCCCUAGUCGUCGUUUUACAACAUUAACUACCUCUGCUCGUAUUGACAGUAAUCAUUCCCGUAGAUGUGAAACAGUAGACAGUCAUUUCGAUUCUGCUUUUCGCGGUCUAUUAUCAAUGUCAUAUCCUCACCGUGCAGAAUUUCUUGCAGCUAUGGAUGACGCUUUAAAAGCAUAUGCUGGAUCUCUUUUGCUCACCGAAGAUGAACAAAUCGUUGCAUCUAAUCCACAACAUGAAUAUUUACAACGCGAUCCCCCAUCACCUACUGGUGGAGGUUCCUGUACCUAACGAUUUCACCCUAAAAAUUAUUCACUUUCAGGAUUGUACAUGAUAAUUCUCAGAGAAAAGAAAAAGCAAUUAUUGUUCAGUCCUCUUAUAUAUUUGAUUAUUUCCAUAACAAACAAAUAAAAAUUUAUCAAAGUCAACUCUUUAUUUUCUGUCUCAAUAUUUAAUAUUUAGUUUUGAAAUUUUCUAUUCUGUUUAUUCACAACUGUACAAAAUGUGGAUACUGUUGAACAACAACCAACCUAGUCAUCAUGCGCUAUAUACAUUAAUAUUCUGUCCUCACAAAGGAAAAUUUAAUUCAUUUUCGACCUUACUAACUUAUCGAUGUUGAAGAUUUUUGAUUCCCACCUUGCUCUCAAUGUGAUUGAUUCUAUUUUGUGUUUCUCUCCAUUGCUGUUAACACAUGUUGGUUAUAAACCACGGAAUUUUUUUCAAUUUUUCAAUCACAACCAAACGUUCACACACACGACUCACUGUAACCGUUGUUUUUGAUUCAGUUCAGUAAUUUUUAACGAUCAAUUAUUUCAUGUAACAGUAGCGGUAGUAGUAUUUCUAAGUAAAAGUUCCAUUUCUGUUAUGCAGGAUAAAUCGACUGAGGGUGAUAUGAUUACUCGUUUUAUUCCUUCUUCAGUAGAGGAAAUGUCAUUUUAGAACUGUUCUAUUAAAUGAUUCAAUUUUGCCUAACCAUCAGCUGUAACAGAGUAAAAACUAUCAUUAUCAAUUUAUCUUUGUGAAAUAGAGGAAAAUUAUUCAUAUACCGUUUGACUGUUGUUACUAUUGUAAACAAUCUGUUGAAUAAAUAGAUAUAAUAUGAGGAAUGUCUGGUUUCACAUAAUUUAUCUGACGAUAACAACUGAGAUUUACUCUUUUACCUCACCUCCUUUUUCUCCCAUGGUCUCUGCAUUUCUUUUUUUGUUUCGAAUAAACAAAACCCAACAUUCGUAGUAGAUUAAGAGAUAAAUUGUAGACGAGAAUUCGGCACUUUAAUUUAUGCCAAGUAAACAACUGAAAAGGGAAGUUCUCAGUGGUUGUUUCCCACUUUCCUUUCCUUUAUUUUUCUUUCUCCCACUUGUUGUUUUUAUGGUUAUUACCAUCCUUGUUUAUUUGCAUUCUGUCAAUUUUUUUUCUGAAGUUGAAUAUAUAAGCUUUUUUCGUUUUAAAUUCAUAUUAACAUUUUAAUUGACCUGCAUUACUUAUUGUUUUCUUCAUAAUCAUUCUUGUUGUUCAUAAUAAUAAUAUCAAUAAUGGUAAUGACAAUAUUAGUGUGAUAUCUAUCUAUCUAUCUAUCUAUCUAUCUAUCUAUCUAUCUAUAUAUAUAUAUAUAUAUAUAUAUAUAUAUAUAUAUAUAUAUAUAUAUAUAUAUAUAUAUAUAUAUAUAUAUAUAUAUAUAUAUAUAUGAUGAAUACAAAGUAUUG